UCUUACUGUCGCACGCUGAUGAUUCGUAGCUGUUUGCCAUCUCCCUCCCUUCCGCUCCAUUGUUUGAGAUUUGGUGAGGGCAUUGAGAGACACCGUAAAUGUAACACUGAAAUUGUCAAUGCUGUGGAAUACCAUUGACAUCGGGUAAAGGUGUGCGUGUGCACCACCCAUCAGUGCAGGGACAGGAUGUGAGGUCACAGCGAUAGCGGCUCCCUGUUUCAGUCCUGCUUUGUGUUUACGAUUGGGGGGGGCCCCUCCCACUCAAAGGACAGGACAUGUUUGAAGUCAAACCCCGGGCAGUGGAGAAGAAAGAGUCCAGCACUGAGACAGAUGAGGGGCUGGGCAGCAGCGGGAAGCAUUACGGCUCGCUGGGCUCGGGCUCGGCCGACUCCGGCUCCGUCUACCUGUCCGACAGCCAGGACUGGGUGGUCUCCCCGAGCUUCUCUCCGGACGAAGGCCCCGGCCAGCACAGUGCCAUCUCCCCCAUGCUGGCCGAGGAGACCUUCCGCUACAUGAUCCUCAGUGCUGAUCGCGUGGAGCAGAUGACCAAGACUUACAAUGACAUUGAAGUGGUCUCGCACCUUUUGGCCGAGCGGGACAGAGACUUGGAGCUGGCAGCUCGGAUCGGGCAGUCCCUUCUGCAGAGGAACCACCUGCUGCAGGAACGCAACGAGGCCUUAGAGGAGCAGCUGGCACAGGCCCUAGACCAGGUUCACCAGCUGCAGCAUGAGCUCAGUAAGAAGGACGAGUUGCUACGGAUGGUGGCCAGCGCUUCGGAGGAGAGCGAGACGGACUCCAGCGUGUCCACGCCGCUGUGCCAGCCUAAGCUGCUGGGGGGAACCGCCGCUGCCGCACUCAGCCAACUGGAGUCUCUGCAGAGCAAGCUGCAGGAGCUGGAGGAGGAGAACCUGUCGCUGAGGUCGGAGGCUUGCCAACUGAAGAGCGACACCAUCACCUAUGAGGAGAAGGAGCAGCAGCUAGUGAGCGACUGUGUGAAGGAGCUCCGUGAGUCCAACAGCCAGAUGGUGUCUCUGACAGAUGAACUGUCUCAGAAGAACGAGGAGCUGCUCAGACACCAGGAGGAAAUCGCUCAGCUGCUCUCCCAGAUAGUGGAGCUGCAACACAGAGUGAAGGAGCUGGCUCUGGAGAAAGAGGAGCUGAGGAUCCACCUGCAGGCAUCUAAAGAUUCUCAGAGACAGCUCACAGCAGAGCUGGACGAGUUGGCAGACAGGAAUGUGGAGUGUGUAGAGAUGCUCCAUGAAGCCCAGGAGGAGAUCAAAGAACUUCGCAGUAAAAACGCUCCCUCUGCCGGGCUGCGGAGGCACCUUUCCUACGGCCUCUACCCCAUGGACUCUCUGGCAGCAGAGAUCGAGGGCACCAUGAGGAGAGAGCUGAGUGUAGAGGAGGAGACCGCCUCUCUGGACCAAAGAGUAUCCCUGAAGAAAGUCUUUCAAACAGUCCGCUCCAUCAACGCCACAGCAUCGCGGCCAGCGUCGGCCACCCCUCCUAUCCCUGGCUCAGGACAGAGCUCUCUAGUGAUGACUGCACAGCCCUUUACGUCCACUCAGGGGUACGUUACGAAGAAUAUUCCUGUCUUGCGUUUUAAAUCGAGGAUGACAUUUGUGCCCUUUCAGCUCAAUAUAUGUGCGCGUGUUUGCAGGGAGGAGGUUCCAAUUGGCCAGCCUGGCUGUCCAGGAGGAAAUGACCUGACCAGAGCCCUGCACCGGCUGUCGCUGCGGCGACAGAACUUCCUGUGCGAGCGCCAGUUCUUCCAGGCGGAGCGCGAGAAGAAGCUGCAGUCCCUGGCGGGGGCCGAGGGAGACGUGGAGAGCAGCGGCUGCAGCUCACCAAUGGGCAGCGUGCUCUCGUCCUUCUCCAACCUGUCAGAACUCUCCUUCAGUUCCAGCAUUUUCAAGACCUUCCUGCCUGAGAAGCUUCAGAUUGUCAAGCCCAUGGAAGGCUCACUGACGCUCCAUCACUGGCAGCAGCUGGCUAAACCACACCUGGCCACCAUCUUGGACCCCCACCCUGGGGUGGUGACCAAAGGUUUCUGCCCACUGGUUCAGGACGCUGUCUACCGCUUGUCUGAUAUGGAGGAGGACGAAGAGGAUGAAGAGCACAGAGGUGUCAAGGAGAAGGGGGCGGCAGAGCGGGGCAAGGAAGAGGAGGACGAGGAGGAAGGCGGGAUCACCUUUAAGGUGCGCUUUUCGUCUACCCCAGACGAAAGGAAAGACAGAAAGCAAUCGGUGUCGCCUCUCCCUGUCCCACCUCUCUCCCCCACCCUGCCGACAUCCCCCGGGACACCUGCCACGUCCUCCUCAGCCAGAUCAGAAGUCUGUCUGACCCCCGCACCCCGACAUGGCACUGAGAAAUCCAGCUCCUCAUCUCAGCCCAUUUCAGGAGCCUGUACAACAGUGGUCCACUCACAAAGUCAGAUUUGCAUCUCCACAUCAACAACAACGUCUUCUUAUGUCCAAAAUCCAGGGAAGUGUCCGGGCUCCACCUCCUCUACCUACACCUUCACGACCUGCUGCAUCCUGCACCCCAGUGACAUCACACAGGUCACCCAAAGUUCUCAGUCGUCCCUCAUGGCCAACAUACCCAGCUCCAUGAGGACAGGUCCCAGUACCCCUGUGACUCCUUGCAGGUUGAGUCUGGGGGACUGCUUUCCCCCCCGACGCCCCCCUGUGCCCACCCGCGGUCUGGCCAAGCUGGUCCUGGAGAGGGGCAUUUCUGCACAAGUCUCCACUGACACCCCUCCUCCAUCCCCGAAACAAACACCCCGGCAGCCCCUCUUCCGCCUCCUCCCAAACACACCCCCCAACUCCCCCUCACACUCACCUUCUCCCUCCCCGGUGCCCCCGGAGUCCCACCAGCACCCGGCGGACAAUUUCCUAGCCUCGCGGCCGGCAGAACUUUUCCUCCAGGACGUUUAUGGGUUGAAUCUGGGCCGCGCCCCACAUCCCGAUCUACCAAGCUAUUCCCAGGAAACUCUAACCCGUGUCCCAUCCCUUAAGUCAGGUCGAGCCAGGCCUGACCUCGGCCUAGUGGAGAGGCUACGGCGGCUGGGAUUCACUAAGGUGCUCCAGGGAGCAGAGUCCGAGGCUUCAGCGCCACGCCAGGAUGCUGCUACUUUUGUGUCAGCAGGCGGAGGGAGCCUGCUGGAUGGCCUGAGGCGCAACCAAAGCCUCCCAGCCAUGAUUGGUGCCCGAGCGGGGAAGUCAGCCGGUCACCCGACACCUCCGCCUCACCCCACCACCCUGGACAUCCCCGCACCACCCUGGGGAAACCCCAAAGAACGGCGCCGGCAUCUUGCCUCUGUCUCCCAUUUCCCGCCAAGUUCAGCCAAACGCUAAGGGGGAAGAGGUGGAUGGACUGCGAGGGCAAACACCCCAGAACAUGAACCCCUCCUUUACACCUCCAUCCUCUUCUUCCUCCCCUCAUCUCUCCUCUCCUCUGCCUUCGGAGAGAGGAGUCAGGGCAUCCGGUGGGCAGAACAAUCCCUCCUUUUUAUGACUUUUUAAUUUUAAAGCACAAUUUAACUAAACUGACUGUUUUUAGCUAUACCGCAGUGUCUAUGUGUGUAGAUGUUUGCCAUGAUGCUAGUUACUGAGGCCUUAGCUCACCUCUGACUGGGGUGUCAGCUCUCGACACCUUCUCAGUCAUUAAUUAGGUUAGGUAGUUUUCCUGUGAGGCUCUGGAUGUUCAGCUACAGGUAGAGGAGGGAGGAAAAGGUCAAAUGUAAGUGGACAAAGGUUCGUGGAUGUGGAUUAGAAAAGAACGAGUUAAGAAGGCAUAAAAUGAAGGGAGAAUGUGGUCUUUAUUCAUGUCAGAAGGUAAAGUAAGUGAAAGGCAAAGAGAGAAGGGCUGAGCAUCCAGUCUCGCUAUUCCAAGGGCUUGUUCUGUAGUGGGUUGGAAAAGCUUUAGUGUGUAACAACUAUGCCCAUUAUACAGUGAAUGCUUCAUGGUCAUCUCCAAACAAAAACAGUCACAAGAGAAGGGAUUUAACAUGCUUUUAUUACUUGAGGGCUUCAAGUGCUAGCUGGCUUGAUAGCAUACUGCCAGGCUAAUCUUGUAGUCAGACCACAACAUUAACAUGCCAGUAUUAAUGCUAACAUGAUUUUACAGUAGUUCAUUGUUACAGAUGUCUGGUGACCGUCCAUGUGCCGUGCCCCGAUUCCCGCCUUCCUUGCAAGCGUCUGCAUGACAUGUCAAAGGCAACCUACAGGCCUACAAGUCCCAGCAUGCACCUGUCGGCAGACGGGUGGGGCCAGGUUGAAGGCGAGGUCAGAACCAUAGACGUCAGGCCUUUUUCCUUUAGGUCCUAGUGUUUGUGUGUUUUUUAAUGGUAUGAGGCCUUAAGUAGAAGCCAGCACCGAUUAUGAUUUGUGUUCCUGUUAAGCCAUGUUUGUAUAUAUUAGUUGCACUUAGUGGGAUUUGGAGCUUGUGUUAAUUUGAGGAUCACUGGUGGGCCUUUUUAAAAGCAAAUUUUAUCAUUUCAGUUCCCAGCCACCAUCCUUAUCUCAGGCCUGUGGGGCGUUCAGCUUCAGUCUGUUAAGAGGGAAAACACAUUAUUUUAGUUGUAUAAUCACAUCCAGGUGUAUUAUGUGUGGGUCUCGCAUGUGUAGUUUACACACUGGCCAACAGGUGGGAGUAUUCCUGUAGGAAAGCAUAUGAAAGUUCAUCCUACUUUAUUCAUUACUACUUUAUAUUCUAUAAUGUCAUGUUUAUAUACAAGGAAGCAUAGAGCUUUGUGCUUGACACGUGACCCUUCAGUGCUGUUGUCCCUAACAACCGUCAGUCCAACCAGACCUUCCCACUCAGCUACUGCACUUUUACUUUUUUUUUUUAUUUAACUUUGUUUUAGUGACACCACUAUCUGAAGUAUACAGAUUCUAACAUUAAUGAGAAAAUGUAGCAUAUUUUGUGCCUGUUGUAACAAUGUCUGCUAGCUUAAGAUUUUAAUAUAUGCAGCUUUUUUCGCUUUCCACAUGUCCACAGAAGGGAAUUCAAAUUAAGCCAAAAGUGAUACUUUUAUUUUUUUUCCAAGUAAUGAAAUACACACGUGAUGCUUUUUGUGCUAAUUUGCUUUAACAUGUUUGACAAAGGAAGCUUCUGUUUAAUUGUAGGAGUGCAGAGAAGAGGAUAGACGGCUCAUCCAGACUGUUCAUAUCUUUAGAUUUGUUGUAGUUGUCAUAUUAUCCGUUUCCAGUAAAGCAGGAAGUUCAGGUUUGGGGCUUUCUUUGGCUAAAAUAUAAAAUCCUAUCACUUGCCUCCCUUCUAAGAUCAUGAUCCUCUGUAAACUACUCAUGGCUAUUAUUCAGUUUUUUUUAAUAAAGCAAUGGAAACAAA